UUUUACGUUCAACUGAAACAAAGCAAAACCUGAAUGUAUACGAUAUUGACGAUUAGAUGCAAAUAAAAGCCCCAAAAGUUUAUUGAUUUAUUAAUUGGACAAUACAGUGAAACGCGCACCCUGUACGGAGGUCGAUGCAUACGAACUCCACCGUGCCCCAAAAACCCCAACCUUAGAACCUCACCCUCAUUGCCGGCGCCGGCCGUCCAGUAGCUGAAAAUAAAAUUAUACUCAGCCAAACACUCUCUCUCUCUACCAGUGAUACUUAGUAUUCUCUUAAUGAAGUGAAUUCCGCAACAUCAACAGCAACAAAGAAAAAUGUUAGGAGCAGCGAAAUGGUUUAGGUUUAGGGCUCGAGAGCUCAUUAUUCUCCGCAAUCACUCUCAGACCAAACCAAUCUCCUUAACCAGUACUUAUAAUCUCAAUCCGAAUCUUCAUAGUAGCAGUUGCAGUUAUAAAUCAUACUCCACCAGUUUUCCAUGGAAAAAGAAUCUCAAUAUCAAUGCUUUGCUCUCCAAUUCAAGGCCACCGAGUGCAAUGCUAAACGGCCGGGUUUUGUUCUCAAGCUCUAGUUCUAGUAAUAGUGACCUCAAAAAUGCUAAACCAUUAGUUGGCACUGCUAAAUUAUCUGAGGAUAAGCAAGUUGCUGAUAUGAAGAUUCUUCGAACUCUUGCGAGCUAUUUAUGGAUGAAAGAUAAUUUGGAGUUUCGGUUAAGGGUUAUUACUGCUCUUGCUUUUCUUGUUGGUGCUAAAGUGUUGAAUGUUCAAGUCCCUUUCCUUUUUAAGCUUGCUGUUGACUGGUUGACUACAGCUAGUGGCAAUGCUACUGCCCUUGCCUCUUUUACUUCUGCCAAUUCUACUCUCCUUGCUCUUUUUGCAACCCCUGCUUCUGUUCUUAUCGGAUAUGGCAUUGCCCGCACCGGGGCUUCUGCUUUCAAUGAAUUGAGGACUGCUGUUUUCUCUAAUGUAGCUCUAAGAACAAUCCGCCAAGUAUCUAGGAAGGUUUUUUCACAUUUGCAUGACUUGGACCUACGUUAUCAUCUUAGUCGAGAAACUGGUGCAUUAAAUAGAAUAAUUGAUCGUGGUAGCCGCGCCAUUAAUUUUAUUCUAUCUUCAAUGGUGUUCAAUGUCGUACCAACUAUUUUAGAGAUAUCUAUGGUAUCGGGUAUUUUGGCAUACAAAUUUGGAGCCCCUUUUGCUUGGAUCACUUCGAUUUCCGUUGCUGCAUAUGUUGCUUUCACAUUGUCUGUAACACAGUGGCGGACGAAAUUUAGGAAGGCCAUGAAUAAAGCUGAUAAUGACGCCAGCACUAGGGCAAUCGAUUCUCUAAUAAAUUAUGAGACUGUCAAAUAUUUCAACAACGAAGCUUUUGAGGCUGACAAAUACGACGAGUUUUUGAAGAGGUAUGAACAUGCGGCCUUAAAAACACAACGCAGUCUUGCUUUUCUGAACUUUGGCCAAAAUGUGAUAUUUAGCACAGCUUUAUCAACAGCUAUGGUGUUGUGUUCCAAUGGGAUUAUGAAUGGCCAGAUGACAGUGGGUGAUUUGGUUAUGGUAAAUGGACUUCUCUUCCAGCUCUCCCUUCCACUCAAUUUUCUUGGCAGUGUUUAUCGGGAGACUAUACAGAGUCUUGUUGACAUGAAGUCUAUGUUUCAACUACUUGAGGAGAAGGCUGAGAUUAGAGAUAAAGAUGACGCAAAGCCUCUUAAGUUUAAUGGAGGCAGCAUUCAGUUUGACAAUGUGCACUUCAGCCUUGAUUCGUUUCUCUGCCUCAUGCAAGUGGCUAUGAUGUGUUAUUUAAUGAAAGUUGCAACUUGUGACAGUUACCUUUCAGAAAGAAAGAUUCUUGAUGGCAUAUCUUUUGUUGUUCCAGCUGGAAAAAGUGUCGCUAUUGUUGGAACCAGUGGCAGCGGCAAGUCAACUAUUCUCCGAUUGGUCUUCAGGUUUUUUGAUACACAUUCUGGAAAUAUACGGAUUGAUGGUCAAGAUAUACGGGAUAUAACAUUGAAUAGUUUGCGAAGGUCUAUUGGUGUUGUCCCACAAGAUACGGUGCUUUUCAAUGACACAAUAUUUCACAACAUUCAUUAUGGCCGCCUUUCUGCAACAGAAGAGGAAGUCUAUGAUGCUGCUCGACAUGCAGCAAUUCAUGAUACCAUCAUGAACUUCCCUGAGAAAUAUUCUACUGUUGUUGGGGAAAGAGGGCUCAAGUUGAGUGGCGGUGAGAAGCAGCGUGUGGCGUUGGCACGUGCAUUUCUGAAAGCACCUCCUAUUCUGCUGUGUGAUGAAGCCACAAGUGCACUGGACAGUACAACAGAAGCAGAGAUAUUAAGUGCCUUGAAGUCAUUAGCCAAUGAUCGAACUUCGGUUUUUGUUGCUCAUAGGCUUACAACUGCAAUGCAGUGUGAUGAGAUAAUAGUUCUGGAGAAUGGGAAGGUGGUUGAACAGGGGCCCCAUGAAGUUCUCUUGACUAAGGCAGGAAGAUAUGCACAGUUAUGGGCACAGCAAAACAGUACUGUGGAUGUCAUUGAUGCAGCUAUUAAACUAGAGGGGUAACUGUUGAUAAAUUCCUCUAACAGUCCUUCCACCUUCUUCCUGGUACCAUAUGAAGAGAAUUGUUGGCUCAGCUUUCUAUUUUGUUGAGCAAGCCCAUGAAAUGCAAUUUCUUUUUUAGGACCCGUGCAUCAUAGGCAGGUUGCAUCCUCUGAAUGAGUAUGCAAAGUUCAUCAUAUCUUAAAAGAAAAGAAGCAAUGGCACCCUCCAUACGAAGACAUUGAAAUAAUGAUGGGAUGCCAUAAGCCUCCACAACUUGGUCAAUCGCAUACAUCAAAAGCCUUGGAAAAAACUGUAAAACUGAUUUUCUUCCAUGCCUUUUUUGAGAUCUUAGAUUCGAUGAGUUUGAAUAUAGUGAGAUGAACUGUUCUCAUCAUUGUUGUAUAGUAACUAUAUACCAAAUAAUAUACAAUUUCAUAUCAUCACAUGAUAUUUAGGCCGGCGUUAUGAAGUUUGUGUAAUUCAUGAAACGGUGCCGUUUUUGUGUGAUUCUAUUUAUUGACAGUUAGUAAGAUCAAAAUGCUUUAACCUUA